CUACACAAGCCCCAGCCUUUUGGGUCCUUAUUUCCAAUGCUGCUCAUCCCACCUUCCAAACCCUCAUUGCUUUGUGCUUUUCUUCCCUUGCACGUUUGUGCCUUAACCCUGCAGAGGGUCUGCCCUCCCACUGCCCAUUCUGCGGUCCCUUUCCCAGCUGCUGGUGUUCUGUAGACUAGCCUUGCCUUCUCGUUCUCUUUUCCUUCUCCUCCACCUGCAACCUGCUUGCUCCCAUCCCUUAAACACUUGCCCCUCACUGUGGCUCCUUGCCUGCCGGGCCGAUGAUACCUGUCACCGUGUCUCCAUUGAUGCAGGUUUCUUGGCUGUGAGCCGCCUCCCUGUCUCCGGUUAUCCGUAGGACCCAGCUAGCCACACCAUGUCUGAGCUAAAGGACUGUCCCCUUCAGUUCCACGAUUUCAAGUCUGUGGACCACCUGAAGGUGUGCCCUCGCUACACAGCUGUGCUGGCCCGGUCGGAAGAUGAUGGCAUCGGCAUUGAAGAACUCGACACCCUGCAGCUGGAGCUCGAAACACUGCUGUCUUCUGCCAGCCGCCGGCUUCGGGUGCUGGAGACUGAGACCCAGAUCCUGACAGAUUGGCAAGACAAGAAAGGGGACAGGAGGUUUCUGAAGCUGGAAAAAAAAGAGCAUGAGUUGGGCACUCCUGUCAAACAUGGCAAACCCAAGAAACAGAAGCUGGAAGGGAAAGGAAGUCACAGCACAGGGCAGGGUCCCGGUCGGCCCAAAUCCAAGAACUUACAGCCCAAAAUCCAGGAGUACGAAUUCCCAGAUGACCCAAUUGAUGUGCCCCGUAUCCCCAAAAAUGAUGCACCUAAUAGGUUCUGGGCCUCGGUGGAGCCAUACUGUGCUGACCUCACCAGUGAGGAGGUGCGUACCUUAGAAGAUCUCCUCAAGCCUCCCGAAGACGAAGCAGAACACUACAAGAUCCCACCUCUGGGGAAGCAUUACUCCCAGCGCUGGGCCCAAGAAGACAUGCUGGAGGAGCAGAAGGACGGGGCUCGGGCUGCAGUUACUGCUGAUAAGAAGAAAGGAUUCUUGGGACCCCUGACAGAGCUGGACACUAAAGAUGUUGACGCUUUGCUGAAGAAGUCCGAGUCCCAGCAUGAACAGCCUGAGGACGGCUGCCCCUUUGGACCUCUGACCCAGCGGCUUCUGCAGGCGUUAGUAGAAGAGAACAUAAUCUCCCCCAUCGAAGACUCGCCUAUUCCCGAGAUAGCAGGCAAGGACUCUGCAGCUGAUGGGGCCAGCACUUCCCCCCGCAGCCAAAACAAGCCCUUCAGUGUGCCCCACACCAAGUCUCUGGAAGGCCGCAUCAAAGAAGAGCUGAUUGCUCAAGGCCUGCUGGAGUCGGAGGACCGGCCUGCUGAGGACUCGGAGGACGAGGUGCUGGCCGAGCUGCGGAAGAGGCAGGCUGAACUCAAAGCCCUGAGCGCACACAACCGAGCCAAGAAAGUCGAGCUGCUCAGGCUGGCCAAGGAGGAGCUGCACAGACAGGAGCUGCGCCACCGGGUGCGCAUGGCUGACAACGAGGUGAUGGACGCCUUCCGCAAGAUCAUGGCCGCCCGACAGAAGAAGCGCACCCCGACGAAGAAGGAGAAAGACCAGGCCUGGAAGAGCCUCAAGGAGCGCGAGAGCAUCCUGAAACUGCUUGAUGGCUAAGUCCCCGCAUCCCAGGGGAGUGUUAAUCGGGAGCCCCUUGGCCCAAGCGCCUCCAUUUUGAACCGUGGUUGUAGGCUCCACUUUUAAGGGAGGCGACAGCUGCAAAUAGGGACUGCAGCAGCUCCCUCUAUUCAGCUUACCAGCAUCCUGUUGCAGCCAGGGAUCUGGGCAGGCUGGACUUGGCCUGGUAGCCACCCCUCCUUCCUGCGUGUGGCUAGGAGCACUCUCUGUGUGUGAGCUGGGGCAGGGGGGGCCUUGAUCGCUGCUAAAGUUGGCAGUCCCUCCUCAGACAUCGGCAGGGCCGGCUUGCGACAUUGGAGACAGGGAACGGGACAGAACCUACGAGUCGGGCCUGAGAAUCACACGGAAGCUUCCAGGACUGUGCCUGCAGCGUAUAAACUUGUGGAGGCGGGUGGCUUCGGAUUCUGUUUCGUAUUUCCCGCCACGCUGCAUGCGAACCUUCAGAGGCUGCAGAGACAGCGGAACCUCGCAGGCGGUGGCCAGAAUUCCCCAAGCGCCUGAGUGGCAUUCAGCUGGGAACAAUUUGCCGCAACACUCCGUUGCCCUAGUCUGGGACAGACCCAAGUUAAAAUGGCCAGUGAAGCUCAGAAACUGGAAUACCUGACCCCUAGGCGGUGUAAAUAGGUGCCUGAAGUGCGUGGCAUUGGGCAGUAGAGGGAGCUGCUUGUCUCUCGCAGGGUCUCAGACUGUUCACUGUUGGCCUGUGACAAAUAGUGAAGGUCCCUGCGCUGUGGAAGAUUGUGGGUGUUUGUGAGCCUGAGAGGCAACCCUGACCGCUUUCCUCUGCUCUCUGUCCUGCUCAGCCUCUUCCUCUGGUGGUGUGAUGUCUUCUCUCCCUGCUUCCCCUUUCUCUGAUUGUCUGAAGUACCUACCGAGGGGCUGGCCUUGGUGUGGGAAUCGAGCAAAGGUUUGCCCCUGGGUUCUACGAUGCAAGGGCUGAUUGGAAGAGGCAGGUAGGGCAGUACGUUCCCUGCAGGGCAGAGAGAGGCAGGUGGGAUUUGGCAUUUGGGCAGAAGGGAGGGGCUGAGUGGCCUUGGCUGGGCCUGCACCUAUCUCAGCCACACAAGAAAAUCACUAAUGGGAAUAGCAGCUGGAACCUGCGGUGGGGAAAGCCGCUGGGUAUGGAGAGUCAUCUUCCGUCCACUCCGAACCUGUGUGUUUGCUCCCCUGGCAUCAUACAGGGAAAAGCCCCAGACCUGAGAAAGCGAGUGAGGGAGAAGUAAAACAUCGGGUUCUCUUUCCCCAUCCCCUAUGGGAAAGAGAAACGAGCAGGAACUGUCUUAUGGGCAGACUUCUCAGAUCCACAGGGAGCGGGGAAAGGGAGUGGGCAAAGCAGAGAUCACCUGAGUGGCCUGAGAUGGGCUGAACCCAUGUAGAGAACUCUCAACCCUGCCAACUGCAUAAUAUCUAGCCAGGCUUCGGGGUGCAUACAGGUCAGGCGAGGCCAGCACUGCCUUUUCUUCCUCUGUUGGGGUACAUUUGCCCGCCAAGAGCGGUUGGGAUGCUCCUGCUCGAGCGCUCUGCCUAAGUUUCACCUUCCUGCUUCUUGCUCCCUUUAUGUGGCAUUGGGGUGUCAGGUGAUUGACAGGCAGCAGGCCUGUCAAAAUGGCCCGGAGGGGAGGGGGCCAGGAAGCUGAGGACCCAGCUUUAUACAACUGGCUGUAAGUGUGUGUUUACCCUUACUGUAGCCAUGCCAUAUUGCAGCGCUGCACAAGGGAACCUCAAUCUCCGGCUGGCGUCAGAGCCGCCAUAGCACAAUUCCAGCACAGCAGUAGGAGGAGAUUGAAGCAAGGCUGUGGGCUUCCUCUUGGACACACUUCACCGUCUGCAUCUGCAGACUUCUUCCACCUCCGCUGACUUUACCUCCUUCUGAAAGUUUGACUGGGCAGCUGACGGCUGUCUUAAUUAAGCAUACAAUGCCUGUGUUUAAAAAUGCCCUUGGGACCUGUUCUCUACCCCCCACCACCACCACCCCACUCCUUUCACGUACCAGCAACUUUCAAACACUUCCUCCUGUGCCUGCCUAGAGGAGGUUUCAAGCCUCAUUGGUCUCCCAACAUGAGGCGACUCUGGGAACAGAUGGUAUUGGGGGCUGGAAAGGGCAGCGGCGGAGAAGCCAGGAGGAAGAUCUGGCAUUUGGGAAAGGAUCAAAUGAGUUCUUCGACACUGCGGUCUCUUCCAGUUUGUGUCAACAUGGUGCCUCACUAGAAAUUCUUCCAGAGUGUCAAUAAACCCAUGACUAUGAGAGCA